AAUUCUCUCUCUUACACACGAUAUACAUGGAAGGUGCCAGCCCCUGAUCUUUGGCAAAAACAAGUGGUGUUAUUCGACAUAACGCUUUAGCUUUUCCGGAGAAGUCAAAAAUCGCGUAACUCUUUUCUGGCUCUGUCCGAAGUGUUGAACGAUCUCGCAUCACCGAUGGCGAACACACAAGGUGCGAAUCCAGCAAAUUCCCCUGGUGCUGAAUCACGUGCAGAGAUUCACGUAGACUUGAGUUCGGAAGCCACGGACAACGAUAAAGCUUCCCAAAAUGAAAGCACCCUGAGAAGAGGCAUGCAAACAGUGAAGGUCAAUGAAAACAGGCGACCACUGUUUGACGCCGCACUAAAAGGUGAUUGGAAGGCUGUCAAGAAAAUCCUUGAUGAUGACCGCGAAGCGAUGACGACCGCCGUUAUGAUCAUGGAAGGUGAGGCCCUUAACGUGCUCCAUGUUGCAGUUAUGGUCGCACCAGACCAAUUGGUAGAGAACCUGGUCAAGCGCAUCCCCCCAGAACGUAAAAAUGAAAUGGCCGGGGAAGCCCUCAUUUGGGCCGCCUGGCGAGGGAGAUUAAGGAUGGUAAAAGUAUUAACAGAUCAAAUUGAUAGCAAAGAUGAAUGGAUAACAUCUGCCCUGAGACCAGCUAUUGCGUUCGCUCCUAUGCAAAAGGAGGUCAUCUGGUACUUGGCCAGGCGUACAACAUCCGACGUCGAUAUUACAGAGAUGAAAGCUCUUAUCAAGACCGGCAAUAUUGGUAGGAUUUCACACUCAACUCAUCUUAUCACUUGUUUACUUGAAUUAACUCUUUUUUGUUCUUAUGUCCCAAAAGACGUAGCCUUGUAUUUUGCUCUUCGGCAACCCGGCCUGGCAACAUCCAAAAUUCGUGAAGAUAUGUUGAGCCCGCUCGCAUUCUUGGCGACAAUGGAGCCGCACUUCCUCAGUACAGCUAGAUUCAAUUUUUGGGAAAAACUUAUUUACAAAUGUAUCCCUCUAUGCUGGGUCGAUACAUCAUUUGACAGCUCCAAUGAUACGAAAAUGGCUCGAGCCCUUAAGCAGUUGAAGGCAUCACUCUGGAAUCUUGCCACAACAGCAGUACCUUUCAUCAAAAGGAUUGGAGAAUUGAAGUUUAGGCAUAAAUACUCACUUGAGUUUGCAAACCUUGCUCUUGUCCAGAUGAAGACUCAUAUGGAAACUCCCGAAAUACUUGAGUUUUUAUUGACUAAUGGGGUUGUCAAAUUCGCUAUAAUUUUUGGAAUAUCUGAAAUUGUCAAGUUGUGUCUAAAGCAUUAUCCAGAGUUGAUGUGGGAAAAUGAUAUGAUGCGUUCAAUGAUUAUACCGGUUUUAAAAAGAAGGCAUGUUGAGCUGUUUAGACUACUGAACCCAUACCAGACGAUUGCAAUGCUAGACUCUGGUCUGAACGCUGACAGCCUGAUGGAGGCAAUAGUAGAAUCGCCGCCAGGAUGUGUACCGGCAGACGUCUCUGGAGCAGCUUUUUUUAUGCAGAGGGAACUUCAAUGGUAUAAGGUAGUGGAAGAUAGCGUCGGUCCUUUUCUAACAGACAUGAGAUGGGUAAAAGGUCGACAUUGGGAUCAUUUUAUAGAGCAACGCCAAGAUUUGCUUAAAGAGGCGGGGCAAUGGAUGAAGGACACAGCAUCGUCUUGUAGCCUCGUCGCCACUCUCAUCAUUACAGUAGCAUUCGCUGCGGUUUUUACAAUACCUGGAGGCAAUGACAACAAUACAGGGAUGCCGAUUUUUCUAAAAAGGCCCUCAUUCAUGGUAUUCACAGCUGCAAAUGCUCUCGCUCUCUUCUCCUCUAUUACCGCCACCUUGAUGUUCUUGGCUAUCCUAACUUCACGCUAUGCUGCAGAAGAUUUCCUCCACUCACUACCAAGAAAAAUGAUACUCGGCCUCACUUUCCUCUUCCUUUCUUUGGUGUUUAUGUUAGUGGCCUUUGGCUCUGCACUUACGAUAGUCUUGAGCGAAAAAUUGAAGUGGAUUCACAUCCCAAUUACUUUGCUGGCUGCCUUCCCUAUCGUAUUGUUCACAAUCCUACAACUUCCCUUGUUUGUUGAAAUGGUCGAAUCCACUUGUUGGCCUCGCCUCUACCGUCCCUUGAAGAUUUGGAAGUGAUCAAUGCUAAUAUUGGACAAGUUUCACAAACAAAAGUUUGCCACGUCAUCGAUCCAAAAGAUCACCGCAUCAUCGAUCCAAAGGGGUUCCUUAGAACCGUUAGUUUGACAAGAAGAUUCAAUCUCUACCAUCAGAUUGGUUCAACAAAAAUUGAUGCCCUCAACCGUUCAAUAGAUUCAAUCUCCACCAUGGGAUUAAUGUGAUCAGGAUUUAUAUCUAUUACCAUUUCUACUG